AUGCAGCAAGAGGGACAGGGGAAGUAUCAGCUCUUCCCCAAGGGGAGGCAGUCGCCUAGCUUUAACAGCAGUGCUUCGGUGGACCCCGAGACCGCUUUUGCAAUGGCAAUGAACAAGAACAGCGAAUGGAACGAGAAGCCAGGUGCUACUCAAGCGCUGAAAAUCAAGGUGAACCAACAGACGAUUGGCCGGCGUCGAAAGGUCACCAUCCCGGAACUGGGACCGAUGACAACGGUCCAGGAGAUUACCAUGGAUUCUCCAACAAUCCCGGGCCGACCACCGCUGCGAGAACGUUCUUCUAGUGCUCCGCAAGACGGAGCAGCACAAGAUGCAGUCCCGCCAUUGAUUCUCGGUAGAGCGAUAUACGCACCUCCCAAGCAGAUCGAGAUCAAGAGACGACUCAUAGACGCUCAGCCUCCUCGCUUGCCUUCACCAAAGCGACUGGCACCCCUGGUUAUUCCCGAACCCGAGCAACUGCAGCUGUCUUUUAUGCAAUACGCGCAAAAGCCUUCCCCUCCGACACAUCUCGAGGCUGAGACGCCUCUGGGUACUGGUAUCAACCAGUACCUGACUCCUAUUAGCAGCUCUACCUCGGACUCCAGCGGCCCUCUCAGCUCGUCUAGCACAGAGGCUACCUCGGCUCACACACUGCCAACUCCUGUCUCGGCAUCGAUUAUGGAGAAGAGUUCUGCCGUUAAGCAGUGGGAGCCUCGUAUGCCAUUGAGUGCCAACCGAGCUGAAGAUAGCUCAUAUAGUCAUAGGCGAUUUGCCUCUGAAUCUCAGGGAGACAGAGGUAGACCAAGGAAGCGAAAGGAUCAACACAAGAAGAGCAACUCUCACCCAGGCAAUGGCGAAAAGAAGCGAUCCAAGAGCGCCGAGCAGCGUGCGUUCGAGGAGCUUCCUUCAGGCUACAAGCCAGAGAAGGCUGUCAGCCAAAUGAGCGCCAACGAUCUGGGCAUCCUUCGCCAGCAGGCUCUUGGCCAGGCCGAGAGAUUCGAGGUGCUGCGUGUUGAAGAUGUCGAAAGCUUGUCCAAAGAACUUCGACGGCUCGAUGAACGCGCAGAGUACCUUCGCCGCACCUACAACUCUUUGAGGAACGGUCGCCGCAACUUUCACUCUCGUAUCUGCCAGUAUCUUCGGUCACCAAUGCGAGGAUCCAGAUUGACUGCUGAGUCCAUGCUUAGACAGGAGGAGGCGCUGGCCGAGCUAGAUGCCUCCAUCGACGGUUGGGUGAUUAAGCUCGAGCGGACAGAGAACAGGCGCACACGCGUUCGACAGAAGUUGCUUGAACAUAUUGCUGCGGCGGCCAUCCUGUCUGUCCGCAAGGAGAGCCCUCCGCCACAGCAGCGGCGGCCAUCUUCACCUGUACAGCAGCCCUCGCCUGUACAAAUACGGGUGGUCCAGGAUAUUGCCACGCCGCCACGAAGCCCAACCCAGACGACUUUCAACAACCGCCCAGAGAGUGCCUCACCCCCGCCUCUGCGCGUAGUAGCUCAAGUACCCAGCAUGAUUCUUGAGCUGCCUGCCGAGGAGGUUGUACCUGAAAACAAGGUCGACCUAUCACGAAAGUCUACCAUGAAGAGCUCCGACGGAGAGAGCAUCCGCAUCUACGCCGGCGAUGAACUCUUUGCUCUCCUGACCGACGUCGAGGACGAGAUCAUCAGGAUGAACAAUGCCAUCCCUGAGCCCAGUCCCAUCCCAGAGUCUGCCGCGCCAGAGCCAAAUCCCACACCCGCACCCGCACCCGAGCCCGAAGCAAAGCAGUCUGAGUUCCUGCAAAUAGGACAUGAAGUGCCGAGAAGCAGCAACUUUAGGCUUAGUGCCCAGCCUGACUCUCCCACUCUCGCCCCCUCGCCGAUGCUGCCCAAGAGUUUCUUCUUCAAGCCGCCCACUGCUACCAAGGCUAUCCACUCUCCCGUACCGCCGUCCCCGCCUGCACCGGUUCCUCCUCUCAAGGACAUCCCAAAGGAACCUGAAAUAUUCCUCACCAGUGCAGUCUUUAAGCCGAAAUAA